AUGGAUCUGGAAAGUGGGGUUCGUAGUGAAAAGAAUGCCAAGAAAGAGUCAUGGAAGGCGGUUUUGAUGAUGGCUUAUCAGAGUCUUGGGGUUGUCUAUGGCGAGUUGGGUACUUCGCCUCUGUAUGUCUAUAAGAACACUUUUGCAGAAGAAGAUAUCGGUCAUUCGAAGAGCAACGAUGAGAUUUAUGGCGUUUUGUCCUUUGUUUUUUGGACGCUCACCAUUGUUCCUUUGCUCAAGUACAUAUUUAUCGUUCUUAAAGCCGAUGAUAAUGGCGAGGGAGGGACAUUUGCUCUGUAUUCGUUACUAUGUCGACAUGCCAGAGUUAACGCAUUACCCAAUACCCAGUUGGCUGAUUCUGAACUCACUGAUUUCAAGAUGGAUGUUCUUGGUCCGCAAUCUCAAGAAAGUUUUGGAUUCAAACUCAAAUCUGCCUUAGAAAAGCGUCAGGUUCUGCAAAAAUUCUUGCUCGUUCUUGCUUUAAUUGGGGCUUGCAUGGUGAUAGGAGAUGGCAUCUUAACACCAGCUAUUUCUGUUCUUUCUGCGGUUUCUGGGCUCGAGCAUACCAUGAAGAUAGAGCAUCACCAAUAUAUAAUAAUCCCGAUUUCAUGCACCGUACUGAUAGGCUUGUUUGCUCUUCAACACUACGGCACGCACAGGAUUGGCUUCUUGUUUGCUCCAAUAGUGACAGUGUGGCUAUUCUGUAUCAGUGCCAUUGGCUUGUACAAUAUUAUUCACUGGAAUCCCAGUGUUUAUAGAGCAAUUUCUCCUACUUACAUGUUUCGAUUUCUUAAGAAAACACAAAAGGGAGGCUGGAUGUCACUUGGUGGAAUUAUGCUGUGCAUUACUGGUUCGGAGGCAAUGUUCGCUGACCUUGGCCAUUUUUCACAGUUGUCAAUUAAGAUUGCUUUCUCUUUUAUGGUUUAUCCGUCUCUCCUCCUAGCAUACAUGGGGCAAGCUGCCUAUCUUUCUCAAAAUUAUACCUCUCCAUCCGACCAUCGAAUCGGGUUUUAUGUAUCUGUACCUGAGAAAUUGAGGUGGCCUGUCCUUAUAAUUGCUGUGCUUGCUGCUGUAGUAGGAAGUCAGGCUAUAAUCACCGGAACUUUCUCGAUUAUAAAGCAGUGCUCUGCUUUGGGUUGCUUUCCUCGAGUCAAAAUCGUCCAUACGUCCUCUAAAGUUCACGGUCAAAUCUAUAUCCCGGAGAUUAAUUGGAUUUUGAUGCUGUUGUGCUUGGCUGUUACCAUAAGCUUCAGAGACACAAAGCGCUUGGGUCAUGCCUCAGGUUUGGCAGUGAUCACUGUCAUGCUCGUUACUACGUGCUUAAUGUCUCUUGUUAUUGUCCUGUGUUGGCAUCGAAGUGUAUUUCUUGCCAUAGGCUUCAUCUUCUUCUUUGGGACCAUUGAAUCUCUGUACUUCUCAGCUUCUCUGAUCAAAUUUCUUGAAGGAGCGUGGGUUCCCAUUGCAAUUUCUCUUGUAUUAAUGAUUGUUAUGUAUGUCUGGCACUAUGGUACUCUAAAGAAGUUUGAAUCUGACAUUCAAAACAAGGUUUCUAUUAACUGGCUACUUGGUUUGGGCCCGAGCCUCGGCAUUGUAAGAGUCCGUGGGAUCGGUGUCAUUCAGACAGAGCUUGUGUCGGGAAUCCCGGGUAUCUUCACCCACUUCGUCACCAACAUUCCUGCCUUCCAUCAAGUACUUGUUUUCCUUUGCAUCAAAUAUGUCCCAGUGCCACAUGUUAGAGCAGAGGAACGGUUCCUAAUUGGUCGUAUUGGUACGAGUGAAUAUAGACUGUAUAGGUGCAUUGUGCGAUAUGGGUAUCGAGACGUUCAUAAAGACGACGUAGAGUUUGAGAAUGAUCUUAUAUGCAGCAUAGCAGAGUUCAUAAGAUCAGGGAGUGCAGAAUGUAGUGAUUCAAGACAGUGCUUUGAUAACCAUAGUGAAAAGAUGACAGUCGUCGGGACAUCGUCUACCUCCGAAGAUAGAGUUCAGAUGGCCAAGACAAUCAUGGAUGAAAGCUCUGAAGAUCUGUACAGAGCUUCAGACACAAGGGAAAUAAGAUCACCAGCUCCAGUUCAGUUGAGAAAACGAGUGCGCUUCAUUGUACCAGAGAGCCCGAAAAUCGACACGGAUACAAGGGAAGAACUACAAGAACUAAUGGAAGCAAGAGAAGUAGGAGUGGCUUACAUAUUAGGACGGUCACACAUGAAAGCGAAACAAGGAUCGAGCACAGUGAAAAGAGUAAUGAUCGAUUUCAUUUACGAGUUCUUGAGGAAGAACAGCAGAGAAGCUGACUACCCUGUAGGUUUAUCACACUCUUCAUCAGCCCUUGAAGUGGGUAUGAUGUAUUUGGUUUAGUUUUUACCAUACUACAUGAUUUCUAUGUAGAUAGAUAUGGGUAUAGAAAGCUGUAAUAUCUGUAAAAUAAUGAAAUAAUCACAAAAUAAAUAAAUAAAAUU